GGAGGAACAAUCCACGGAUCAAUGCAUUGCUGCAGGCAACUCGCUGGGUGCUGUGUACACAGGGACAUCAAUACCAUCACCGACAAGUUGAAAUCGUGAGAUGCUGAAGAGACAUUAGUGUGGGAAAGCUGAUGGACAACAUCCCACAACAACAGUAUCUCUUUUAACACUUUGCCUGUGCAGAGGGGACUGUGAGCAAACCCGUGCUGGGGCUACUUUUACACAUCCUGCCAUUCUACGGAUGCGCAUUUUUUGUAAGCAGACUGUCUCAACGGUCAGCAGAGAAAGUCUAUAAGCAAGAGACUUGCAAAAAGUCUCACGGUUUUCCCCAAAACUCCAGCAGACACAUGGACUUAAAACAACAGACCUGCACUGCGGACUCACCAGAAAGGAUUAUUGAGAACCCGUUAAAAUAGUUACUUUCCCAAAGAUAGAAAUCGUGUUUAUAACUGGUACCUCACGGUUUUUGUUGAAGUGGAGAAUCUGUAUUUUGUGUUUUGGGACCUCACCGAAGGACCGACUUCCUAGUAAGAACUGGUGCUGACUGACAGCUCGAUCCCGGGCGUGGAGCCCGGAUUGCCUCAAUGUUUGGUAAAGGUCGUCCAUCAGCUGGUACCGGAAGACUUUCCCCUGUUCCCGACAGGACACCUCAUAACCUUCUCCCAGAAUGCAACAUUGCACUAUUAGGAUGCAAAGGAGCAGGGAAGUCAGCUCUGACAGUGAAGUUUCUCACCAAAAGGUUUAUAAGUGAAUACGAUCCUAACUUGGAAGACACCUACAAUUCAGAAGAAAUUGUAGACCAUCAGCCAGUUCUACUGAAAAUAAUGGAUACUGCAGACCAGGAAGAACCUCUGAACUGCGAACGUUACCUGAGCUGGGCCAGUGCAUUCAUUGUCAUUUACAGCAUAGAUAACAGAAGAAGCUUUGAGGGCUGUCAACGAUAUUUAGAUAUCAUUUCCAUCCACACAAAGAGUUCACCGCAUGAAUAUCCAGUUAUACUCGUAGGGAAUAAACUGGACAUGGAACGGUACAGGCAGGUUAGCAAAUCUGAUGGGCUGUCCUUGUCUUCAAAGCACGGAUGUUUAUUCUACGAGGUGUCAGCUUGCCUGGAUUUUGAUUCUGUACAGCAAGUAUUUUAUGAAGCAGUUCGUGAAGUCAGAAGAGAAAAUGAGAGGAAUCUGCAAGUCCGUCAACUCUUCAUCACGGAGGAGAAACCCCUAAUUGGACUGCAGACAGCUGCGACAUUGUCCUCCAAGCCCAGCAUAGCAACUUUAAGUACUUUAUCUACAGCCACUUACAAAGAGAUGCCGUCUAUCGCGCAGGCCAAACUGGUCACUGUGAAGGCAUCAAGGGCUCAGAGUAAGAGGAGGGCUCCUACUCUCACAUUAUUGAAAGGCUUCAAAAUAUUUUAGCUUCCCUUAGACAGUAAGCUUUUCAAAUUGUGGAACUGUUUUGGCAAACAUGUGCCAAAGUUAUCUUUGUAAAAGAAGAUAAGAUGCCUUUUUUUCCUGAAAAAAUAAAAUGGUCUAUAAAGAAGGAGCAGAGAUAAUUGUGAUGAGAUACCUACUACUAUUCUUAGAUGUGCACAGUCCAGAACAUCACUGAUUUAGUUUUUGUUUCUUUCAAAAGAUUAAAGGGAAAUUAAAAAUAUGGACAUUAUUAAUUUUCCUUAAUUUCAACUUCUGUGACAAUCUGUACUGUGUUAGAUUAAUACUUACAGGGACUUCAUUUAACAAUAUUUGAACUCCAAAUAGUUGAAGCAUUUAGAAGUAAAAUAUCUAUUUGUUUGUUGAAAAUACUUAGAAUUCAGUUGCAGAGGGUUUAAGUAAAAUGAUUGCCUUUUUAACAAACAUCGCACUUUGCAGAUAAAAAAAAUGUCUCCCCAUGGAUGCUUGUAGCUUCAGUCCUCCAGAGUUGAAAACUGAGAGGUAUAUUUUUGCUACUGCUUUGUUUAUUUCAUAUUCUGAAAAUGUCAGUUUCAUAAAUACAAUUAAAUACAUGACACUACAUUCAUACAGCAGAGAUUAUGUACAUAUAUUGUAUAUGCUCUAUUAACAUUUCACUCUCUUUUUAAAUUUGAGCUGAUGGCCUGGUGCCUAUUCACAUCGCUGAUCACAGUGAAUUGCUUUUAUUUCCAGGGUGUCUAUUCUUCUGCUUGGGUAGUCAAUUGAAAGUGAAUGAGGGGUACAACACUUUUUAACGGUAGGGAUUCUCAGAUGUCAAGGUCGGCCUUCCUAGGUGUCCUCUAACAUGUUCUAGCAGAGGUUCAUAUUGUAAUAGAGGUGUCGUGUUUAUAUCUGAAUUCAGUUUUCUCUUGAUUAGUAAGUAAAAGGCUAUGGAAACCUGAAACAAGAUUACCGUACCAGAUGGUGGUAUUAAUUACCAGCUGACAUGAAAAGCAAAGAAAAUGCUACUACUUCAGGUUACAUAUAUGAGCAAAAACUCAUAUAAACUCAGAAGAUUCCUGCAAGGCAUCAGAGCAAUGAAAUAUGAACAGUAGGGUAGGUUUUUAUUGUUCCCAGUAAUUAUGAGUCACCAGUAUUAUUCAUGUUACUUAGAGGACUAAUAAGGUACAAUGGAUUUAGCAAAGAGUAUAAUAUGAACAGUAGUUGUAUGAGACAUCAAAAAGAGGAGGAAUACAUGUGUAACUAGAAAGAUAAGCAAAACAAUGGGAAACAUGAACCCAAUUACUCUAGUCAAAUAUAUAUUGAUAAGGAAAAUAGCAAUUUGAAAGUCAAAAUAGAAGAAUUGGUAAUAUAACCAAAGAAAGGUGUUUCCAGAGGAUGAUUACCAUAGAAUCAGAUGUGAAUUACUUUCAUAAUCAGAAGUAAGAUUUUUUUUUUGUAAUGGGAAGUUAUAGGUUUCAAAGUUUGUAGUAAAUUUGAGAAAUAAGACACUGGAGUAAGGCCUGUCUUCCCAAUAACCCUACAUCCCUGAUAUUCCCAAAAUAUGGCCUGAUGCAGGCCAGAACUGAGCAAAAUCUGAUCUAGCUCCUAAGAACAUUCAAAUAUAAAGUUCAAGAACAAUACCAGAAGAAGCCACAAUGAAAGGAAAUAUGUUGGUCUAAACUAUACUUUUCAUUUGUUUCUAAACUCAGGAUGUAUUUCGGACCAUGCUGGCGUGGAAACACACUGCUAAUUUCUAAGGACGUGUAUAUAUUGAUAUAAAAUAUGCAAAGAAAUUAUGGUGCCUUAAUUUGAUUUCAUUACAAACAUUGUGUUUUUCUGAAAGCAGCAGUACCAAUAUAAGUUUACUGAAUAGUAAAAGCAAAGCAGAUAGCAGUUAAUCUGUUUCUUUUGCUUCAUUUGAUUUCUGGGUUAAUAAAAAUUCCAUUGAAGUAAUCAUUUAUAUUUUGCAAUAUUAGCAAUUGUGAAUGCAAGCAAACUGGCAGAGCUGUGGUGUUAACAACCAGAAUGAUGUAGUUUUGGGUUAAAGUACUUGGAUUAUAAAUGCAGUAAAUAGUGUUAGGCUGUGCUUUCAGAAAAUAAUGUUUAAAUUCCUUUGAUUACAGUGUUUAUGGUAGACCCCAAACAUUGCUCUCACCUUAAAUGAAUAUACUCUUUUGAACAGUUGGUUGAACUAAAUUUAUAAUGUAGAAGUUAAGGUUAUUGAGGACAUAUUAACUGAAUUUUGCUGAACAAAAAACACUAUUGCAUUAAAUUUAACUAUGAAUAAGUUUGCCACUAUUAUUGAGCUGUAAAGAAUUCCUGCUAUCUCAAAAAGAUAAAAUUUCAUUAAACUGAAAAAUGAAAGGCAAUAAUGUAAUGUAAUGUCUUUAUUCCAUUUCAUGAGUGUGUUUGCACAGACUAUGUAGUUAAGUAAAAAUG